GGCUUACGGCGGACUUCCCGCGCCUGAUCAACGCGAGAAGGAACCAGGACGUCAACCAGUGUGGGUUCCGGAAAGAUUGGUGAGAACCGUAUCAACGCCCGAGAGCGCUGAGAAGCUGCAGCCCGACCAAUUGGGAAAACCCCAAUAUGACAUAAGAGACCCAACCUUCAACGCUGGUGACGAUCAGCAAGAUGACCAGCAAGAUGAUGAGAAUGAUCCUGACCGCCUCCCCGUCGUCCAGGGGGAGGACCGGUGAUCCCAACCCCUACCCAAGCAUUGCCUCCCUUCUAAUGGUCAUGCUUACCCUCGCCUCUUCUACCCAGGCCAAUCCCCACCAGCCUUGGAAGUGGAUCCUUGCGCGUUGGGAAGACUCCAAGAUAAUUCUUUGUAAUACCACAGCAGGAGCCCCCUCCUUUGUUUUUAAUGCCAUUGAUUUGUUCCCCCCUCCUAAUCCAAAACCUAGAGGUUAUCCAGGCAGCCUAAAUAUACAAGAUUAUUAUAUGUGUCCAUCUUCAAAUCCUGGAAAAUCAUACUGCAAUUCCCCCUAUGAGUACUACUGUGCAUACUGGGGGUGUGAAACAUUAGCCACUGGCUGGAACCCUGCUGUCCCUGACAAAUUUCUAAAGCUUACAGUAACCCCUUAUCCUUGCCUAAAUCCAGGCAAUCGCUAUUUCGACAGGUACCUUUGUCCUAAAAGGCUAAUGCUCACCGUACAAGACCCUACCGAUACGUCUUGGCUUAUGGGUCGAACCUGGGGCUUCCGAAUUCAUCUAGCGGGGAAAGUGUAUCCGCCCUCGCUCAGGCAACUCCCCCAACCUCACAGCCUGCGCCAGUUACACGUCUCCCACGAGCUCUGCUAA